AAAGAGGGGGAGCACAUGUGUAUGCUUGUCACUAAGGGGCUGGGAGAAGGACUAAGGGAAGCGAGGUAGCUGGCCACAGCCGCCAUAUGCUGACUGGAUUCCUGUUCAUGUCUGCUGUGUGAAGACUGUAGAUUUGUGUUGUGUGCUGGCCGGCUGGGGAACACACCAUGGGAAGCUCACAUCUCCUCAACAAAGGCAUGCCUCUAGGCAUCAGGCCACCCAUUAUGAACGGGCCCAUGCACCCACGCCCCCUGGUGGCGCUGCUGGACGGCCGAGACUGCACUGUGGAGAUGCCCAUCCUGAAAGACGUAGCAACUGUGGCCUUCUGUGAUGCCCAGUCCACACAGGAGAUCCACGAGAAGGUGCUGAAUGAAGCUGUAGGAGCUCUGAUGUACCACACCAUCACCCUGAUGAGAGAAGAUCUGGAAAAGUUUAAAGCUCUGCGCAUCAUCGUGCGCAUCGGUAGCGGCUAUGACAACAUUGACAUCAAAUCUGCCGGAGAACUGGGCAUAGCUGUGUGUAAUAUGCCGGCAGCCUCGGUGGAGGAGACGGCCGACUCGACGCUGUGUCACAUCCUCACCUUGUACCGACGCACCACCUGGCUGCACCAGGCUCUUCGGGAGGGCACGCGGGUUCAGAGUGUGGAGCAGAUCCGAGAGGUGGCGUCAGGAGCCGCGAGGAUCAGAGGAGAGACACUGGGACUUAUAGGGCUCGGUCGAGUGGGCCAGGCUGUAGCCCUGCGAGCCAAGGCCUUCGGCUUCAAUGUGAUCUUCUAUGACCCAUAUUUGGCUGACGGAGUAGAAAGAUCCCUGGGACUACAAAGGGUCACCACACUACAGGACCUGCUCUUCCACUCCGACUGUGUGUCUCUGCACUGCAGCCUCAACGAACACAACCACCACCUGAUCAACGACUUCACCAUCAAACAGAUGCGUCAGGGGGCGUUCCUGGUGAACACAGCCAGGGGGGGUCUGGUGGAUGAGAAGGCCCUGGCUCAGGCCCUGAAGGAGGGAAGGAUACGUGGAGCUGCUCUAGACGUUCAUGAGACAGAGCCUUUCAGUUUUAGUCAGGGACCGCUGAAAGACGCUCCCAAUCUGAUCUGCACCCCACACGCUGCCUGGUACAGCGAACAGGCAUCGCUGGAGAUGAGAGAGGAGGCAGCCAGGGAGAUCCGAAGGGCUAUCACAGGUAGUCGUAUCCCAGACAGCCUGAAGAACUGCGUGAAUAAGGAGUUCCUCUCCCAGAACAACCACUGGGCAGGAGUUGACCCAGCUACCGUCCACCCCGAGCUCAACGGGGCUUAUAGGUACCCCCCCGGAGUGGUGAGCUUGCCAGCUGGCGGCCUCCCGCCACCUGUCGAAGGCAUCGUGCCCAGCGCCGUGCCCAUCUCACACACCCUUCCGCCCGCUGUCACACACCCUCCUCAUGCCCCGUCCCCUGGACAAAAUACAGUCAAGCCACCAGAGGGUGACAGAGAGCAGCAUCCGAAUGACCAACUGUAGCCACAAACACACACAAGCUUGCCUGUGUUGUCUGGUGACCGGAGGAGGAGGUUGGCACUGCAACCGGGAUCAAAGCGAUAAGUUCCCAAGUGACAAGUUGUUAUCAGACAGGUUCACACAGUGUCAGAUGGACAGGUUGAGGUCCCAAUAACAAUCGAUUCACAACUCUCUGGCAAAUUGGUUCCCAGCAGCCAGUUCACACUCCAAAGAAGAAGAAGAAGAAGAAGAAGAAGAAGAUAAAAAAGAUAAAGAGGAGUGGAUAGCUGUCUGCUCUAAUAAAAGAGCAAGACAGUUGUCCUCUGCUCCAAACAGAAGUCCUGAGAAUGACUGUAAAGAUCCACAGGAUGAUCUUCACGUAACAACUACAGUAUAGCUGAGUUUCUGCCAGAAGUUUAAAAAAAAAAAAUAACACAAAGUACAUGUUGAUUUGGGAAGAAAAAAUACUGAAUCAAACCUGCUGUCAUAGACUGUAGUGUGUCCAAAGUUAGAGGGGCGGGUUUCAUGUCUUUCUCUCUUUUUCUGUGUCCUUUCCUUAGUUUGAUGUACAAGCAAAAGUAGUAGGUUAUGAAAUGAAUGUAACCUGUCUGUGUACAGUUUUUAGAUUUACGGCAAGGAGAUAUUUGUAUUCCAGUCUUAACAAAAACAAAGGGUUAUGUGAUCUCUCUAUGUAGCCAAACUGGUUGGAGAAUACAAUAUCUGUUUUUGUUUUAUGUGUCCCCAAAUUAACAAGCCCCACCCCUCCAAAAAAAAAGAGGCAGCUUUUUGCACACCAUCUCAGGAAAUUAAGUUUCCGCAGUUGGUAUAUUAUUUUUUUAAUUUGUUUUUGAGAAAAUUCCUUUUUAUGCCACUUAGUGCUUUUGUUUUUCUACCUGCUUGCCUUUUCGUGUCCUGCUACAUUAGAUGAAAAGAACUUUAACAGGAGCUAAAGUUGAUCUAAUGUUUGCUUUUGUUUGUUAUGUUUAAGGGGCAUGUGAUUUUGCUCUUGGGACUUGUGUAAAUGUUUGACCCAAAUUGAGGGGGUUGUGGGAGGAAAGGCUGUAGAGAGGUGGUGCAAUGGUAUGCUUGGCUGGGACGACUUCAUUACUAGUCGGAUUUAGAAAAUUAAGUGAUUACUUACUGAAGGACAAAGCAGGUUGUGGACAUGGCAAUGCACUGAGUGUUGGUAGCGGCAGAAACGGCCUCAUAAAAGUUUAUUAUCUUUGUUGUCUUCAUGAUUGUCUAAUGAUCCAGUACUUCCACUAAUAUACACAUUACUUGUCCAAGUCAUGUAGCAUGAACAGUUCAGCACACCAAGGUUUACAAAUGACGCACAACAUCGGUGAAUUGGUGUGUUGCUUCCAUUCUAUGCUAUGGAUCUGUCAAAUCCGCCAAGGGACUUGUGAAAAACUGUAUCAACAAACUCUCAAACUCCUCUGCCAAAAACAGCUUUGGUUCCUAUUUGUGGUUAAGCUCACUUGUACAGAUGUCACACCCUGUUAAGGAUAGUUAAUGGUUACUGACUGAUGAGGAACUGUUGUGUGAUUUUAGUGAGGUCAAACCAAAUUGUCAUAUUUUUGACCCGCUCCAAAAUGUUGAAAGACUUAAAAAAAAAUAAUACUCUAUGGCUCAUCAGCUUGAUCAACCUUCAACAAAGUGAAGACGUUUCAUGAUAGCAUGUCGGAACGUACGGAUUUCUCCAGUCUAGUAUCCCUUUAACAUUUCACGAUGGGUCCUUCCUGAGUAUACCGUUUAGCCACCCUCUGUGGCCUCUGUGUCUAUGUGUACAUAUGGUGUUCUGCCUGCCUGUGUCAAUGUGACUUGGUUGUAUCUGUGUCUAAAAAAGCAGCACUGGGAGGAGGGGGUGGUGGCUAGUACUCUCCACAAGGCAUCAUUACAAAGACUGCCAUCUAAAUACACAACUAAACGCUAUGUAAAAAAUAAUAAAAAAUUGCUUAGACUUCAAAUCUAAGCCAGCUAACUGACCCAGUAAUGUUGUUACAGGUUACAUUCCCGCCAUGCACACAAAAUGCUGAUGUUAUUACAUCAACAGUCAACUUAUCUGAGUGACUUUUUCUAUAUGGAAUAUUUAAAACUGAUUCCAGGUCACGUGUUGUUGAUGUUAGCCAGAUGGUGCUUUUUGGAACCCCUUCUACCAGCAGCUGAGUAGUAAAAACAGUUCACUGUUGCCUACCUGGUCUUCUUCAUGGUGAGGUAGUAAGAGUAGCAAUCAGGGAUGGAAAUUUCACUAAACACUGAUCAGAAUCUGAAGGGUUGUCUCGUACAGAAGGUACUGAGGUGACACCUAAAUAUCACUGUCAGAUCUGAGCCCCAAAACGCUGUAAUAGUUUGAAUCUUACUCUGUCCUCACCAGAUGCCUGCCGUUCCGUGGGGGAGAAACUCUUUGCUAAUACUUCCUGACAUAAACUGUAAGCAUUCCUCAUUCAAACUGAUGGGUGCCACAAGUUAAAACAACAGACUAGCUGUGAAAGUGUCGAGGUGCUCCUUGAAAUUCCAUCCCUGGUAGUAACAUACAGUCCACUGUUGCCUACCUUGGUCCCCUUUAUGGUAAAGUAGUAGGCGUAGCAAUAUACAGUAUACAUAUUCUAUAUUCUACAGUAAAUAUCAUUAUUUUUGGUCAAAACUGACAACCUGACAAAGAUAUGUUUGUGACUGUAUGCAUUUGUAUGAAUUAUUUUAAAAGGAAAUAAAACUGUGGAAAGGUGAA